GGUGCAGUUGCAAGGAGGUCUCCCACUACCUUGAGGAGGACCGAAUCCAUUUCAUCUGGUGGAGGCAACUUUCAGCGGAACACGCUAUAUAAGAGAGUGACAUGUCGGCCGGCCAAGAUAAAGCACGCGCGUGUUGUCAUCGAUCCCCUACGGUGUUUUGCUCGUCCUAUCGAUCAUCCCGCUACCUUCGUCACUGACAGGAUGUAUUGGAUGUUUCUGGGGUUCUUGAGUUCCGCCGUCGCGGCGCAGAGUUCUUACGACUUAGAAACCAGAGCAGUUUCAUUCCCGGGGAAGCCGAGCAGCCUGGGGCCGCUUUACUCGGCCGGCUUGAGCUCAGCCCAAGGAUUUCGCGAUAACAGUUACGAGGACAAUGCAGUGACGCCCACGCCUUCACCGACGCCAAUCUACAGGAGUGCCAAUCAGCAACCGUUAUAUCGCAAACCAACGGUAUCACCGAUCGACACUCGCGAUUAUCCGCAAGCAAUUCGCGUUGGUUCUAACCAACGCGUUCCUCCUCGAGGAGGACCCACCCAAGAGGAGCUCGAAGAGGAAAAAGAGGAACCCGAUCGCCUCACCUUGCUUCUACCCCAGAGUAGAUUUGACUGCGUCAACAAACAGACCGGCUAUUACGCUGAUGAGGAUCUCAACUGCGAGGUUUUCCAUUACUGCCAGGACAAUGCUAAGCACUCUUGGAUCUGUCCCGAAGGUUUCACCUUCCAUCAGGUACAUCUGAUCUGUAUGCCACCCAGCGGUGACAUCAGCUGCAAGAAGAGUUCGCAGUAUCAUUUCGUCAACGAGUACUUGUACAAGCCGCUGAACCUGCAGGAGGCUGAGACCAAGCCCAACGUCACCCUGAGGUACAGCGAGAGGUAUUACCCUGCUGACAUCCAUUCAGACGAAAGGGAAGUUGGCGAUUAUCAGAUCACUCCCACCCCAGCUCCAGUGCGUCGUCCUGCUCCACAGGUCCUUGUGAGCCCACAGCCCUCGAGUUUGAAUAGUAUCCCCACAUCAGCCCGUCCGCAGCCCACGGGACUUCCGCAGUAUCAGCUCCCGCUAAAUCAGGUAUUCCGCAGUCCCGAAGAAGUCAACAUCCCUCUUCAAUACAGACGGCCGCAACCGCAACAGCAUCAAGCUAUUAGACGAUUUCCUCAAGUCCGGCCGGACGAGGAGGACUACGAGUAGAUUCUUAGAUCUUGCAAUUUUUUAGUUUGCUCGAAUUCUUCCAUUCCUCAAAUAGCUUCCAUAAAUUAUCGAUGUUUCUCAAUACAUACAUAUUUAUGAAGUGCCUUUCUUGCAAAACCAUUCAAAAGUACUGGAAUUCGAGUUUUUAGAUCAUUGCUUUUCUUAUUUUUAGAUUACUCGCGAAUAUUUAUAUCGUUAUACUCUUAGCAAUGUACAAAAAGAAGAACAAAAUAGCCAGAGAAAUUGCAUGAAAUGUAGACAACUUUGUGGGCAGUGUGAACUUAUUUAAAAGUAUUAUUAAUAUUCAUUCGCAUAUAUGCGUGGGUUGCAAUUCGUCUUUAUCGAAAUUUCUCUAUCCGACACAAAAUUAUUCCCCGCAGGAUUCUCUUCAGCGAUAUUCAUAUUCGAUAAGAUUAAUUAGCAUUAAGAGAGAGACGAUAAGUCUCAUCAAAUUCUUUUGUCGAAUUAGUUAACGUUAUAAUGUAAGACUAAUGCGAAGAUAAUUUAAUUUGUGGCGCAAUUAUUGUAUGAAGAUAACUUAAUUGUUGUAA